ACAACAAUAACAACAAUUACAAUUUUAUGAGCACCAUUCACCAUUCAAGAUUGACAGAAUUCCAUUGAAAAUAAUUAAAAAAUUGCGAAAGUGGGCUGGUGUGUCGCCUUUACAAAGACAAUAACAUAAAAACUCGUUUAAAAGCGAAAGAAUGGCCAUAAAUAUAGAAAAAAAUCGGCCGCAAAUUGUAGGAGCAUGGAAAGAUGUUUUGGAUGACAAAUCGCCGACAGACUGGGCCUUAUUUGGCUACGAAGGACAAAGUAAUGACUUAAAGUUGGUUAGUAGUGGUGAUGGAGGCAUAACAGAGCUAUGCGAAGACUUGAACAGUGGUAAGAUCAUGUAUGCCUUCGUUCGUAUUGAAGAUCCCAAAACGGGAUUAAAAAAGUUCCUCUUGGUGAAUUGGCAGGGAGAAGGUGCUCCCGUUUUACGCAAAGGUACUUGCGCUAACCACAUACGUGAUGUGGAAAAAAUUCUUUCCGGGGCUCAUUUGACUAUAAGUGCCCGUAAUGAAGAUGACAUUGACUUGGAACGUUUGUUGAAGAAGCUAAGUACGGUUAGUUCGGCAUACAGCUUUAAAGAACCCCGCAUUGUUCAAGAAGAGCAGAAAACUCCCAUAGGAACAAACUAUACCAGGGUAAUUCCCACCAAAGAACUAAAUCCCUCUGUUAUUGGUUGUUUUUGGAAAAAAGAGGAGGAGGAAGAGAAAACACGUCUUAUGGCUGAAAAAGAACAAAGAAAAUUGGAGCAGGCAAAAUUGGAGAAGGAACAAAGAUCGCGUGAGGAAAAGGAACAUCUGGAAAGAGAGAAAAAAUUACAAAUGACCAAUAAAUUACAAUCGGCCCAUGUGCCCAUUAAGACUUCUCCCCAACCUCUUAGUCCCGAGAAAACGAUACCGAGUAGUUCGGCCUUAACAGAAGCCGAACGCAUGCGACAGCAACGCAGCCAGGAAGCAAAAGAAUUAAUUGGCUCCAGAGUGGGAGCAGCCAAGGCCAUGUUUACAAAGCAUACAAGUGAAGGUCAAUUACAAAGCAAAUUAAGUACGGCACCCCCAGCUAAACCAGCUCGCAACUCUAUAGCUCAACGCAUAAAUGCCUUUAAUCAACCACAGGCUCAAAACGAGGUCAUUUCUACUCCUCAACCAUUGCCAGGCAAAAUAAAUUUACCUAAGCAACAGCCCAUGACUGAAGCUACAGUUGUCGCCAAGACUCCCGUCACAAUGGACAUACCCGUGAUAAAAACGGAAAUGGUGGAAAACAUUGCAUUGGAACCAGUGAAACCAGAAAUAACUGCAAUAGCCAAUAAUGAGGAAGACAAUCUAAAUAUUGAUGAUUAUCCUCUAGAACCUGAUACGGAACAAUAUUCAACCAUCAAAAGAUCACCACACAGCAAAUCCAAUUCACUGCAAUCGCCCGAUGACACAUCAUCCUCCAACAAUACAGACACUGCUUUAUAUCAGGACGAUGAAGAAGAGGUUGUGCGCACUAAAGUUUCUGUUACUGUGCAGCAAUCGCAAUCACAAGCUCCGGCUGCUAAUAAAAAUGGCUACAUGGAGAGAAAUGAAAUUAACGAUUUGGUUAAUGAGGAUGACUUUAUAUGCCAAGAUACUUUGGGCGAUUUGGGUUUGAGAGCACGUGCCCUGUAUGAUUACCAAGCAGCUGAUGAAACUGAGAUUACUUUUGACCCCGGCGAUGUCAUUACACAUAUUGACCAGAUCGAUGAGGGUUGGUGGCAAGGUCUUGGACCGGAUGGCACAUAUGGACUUUUUCCGGCAAACUAUGUCGAAAUUAUAGACUAAGCUAUAGGGAAUUUACUCAACUUUUUACAUAAGAGCAAAACAAACAAACAAAAACCAUAUACACACCCACUUAUCUAUAUAUAUAGAGAGAGAAAAAAAACCCCAAAACUGAGACACUGAAAUUCCGAAAUUCCGAAAUUCACACCUCAUACAUACAUGCACUUCGCAACUGAGAGAUAAUAAGCGAGCAAUAACUAGCAAUCACAUUUUCUUGGCAAUAACUCAAAAAGUAUUCACAAAGUAUUUAAAGCGUUAGCUUAUCCUAUAUAAUAACGGACUGUUAACAACAACAACAACAACAAAACUAAAUUACUCAGACUUUUACUUUUAUCAUCAUCACCACCAUAAGGAGACUUGUAAGGCCAUUUCCUUUUGCAGCUAAACCAACAAAAAUCAUUCAAACACACUCACUCACAUUCGGUGCCAAGUCAAGUCUUCCAAAAAAAUUGUUUUCCUUUCGAUGCAUAUGUUAUUCUUAUUACACAUAUAUAGAUAUAUAUAUAUAUAUGGAAAAUCAUAUCACAAAUGUUAUGUUCAAGUUUUCUUACCUUUGCGUUACCCAGUUGGGUUACGUUGAAGGCUUUUAGUGGCGAGUCGUCCUUACUUAUUAUUACCAUUGCGUCCUGUUGACUUCCUUUUAUAUAAUUUUUUUGUUAACUUGAUUCUAUCAAAAAUUAUGUAGAAGAACGCUAAGCGUUACAUUUACUUAUAUAGGCAUUUAUAUUUUUGUGUCUUUGUUUUUUGUUUUAUAAAAGUUAUUAACAUGCAUACAGAUAUAUUUUUAGUGCAGCGGACAAAUUUCCAAAAGCAACUAAUUUUCAAAAUCACAUACUAACAUACCGACAUUCAAUCAAGUAUUAUGGGAAAUCUUUUACACACUUACGUACGUACGUAUGAUUAUUAUUAUACACACACACACACACACACAGAGAGAGAGAGAGAGAGAGAGAGAUAGAGAGAGAGACACAGA